CCCACAGGAUUUAAACUGCCUUGUAAGAAACAGUACCUGCAUGGAGGUGAGCUGGCUGCAGGUUCGCACGUGGACUCCUUCUGCUCCAAGCAGUCUUCAUGUCUCUUCUGACAUUUUCCGUCAGAUGGAUGGAAAACUGCUUCCUGUGCUUCGGAUAGAAUGGAAAGUGGCCACUGAUGCUAGCAUCCAGUAUCUCCAAGGGGCAGAGCUGGCUGUGAUGCAAGUGAACAGCAAUCAACAGAUCUGUGCCCAGUUUGACUUUCAGAACAACUUGACACUUCAGGUCCGUCCGGACGGAGGCCGGUGGAAUUUCACUUUUGACCGUUUUGAAGUGGAACCUGGCCAGACUUAUCAAGUUACUGUCUACCACCUUCCCAAACUGGGUGUAGCUGGAGACUACAAUUACAAGUCCACAUCUCUCACAGUGCCUGAUUGCAAGGACUCUCUGAUGAAAAGAACCAUCCCAUGUAUAAAGACAGGCAGCUUGUGGGAGCCCAGGAUCCAAGGUCAAAGUCUAGAUGAUACAACUCUGCUUGUGAGCUUUAACCCAUGGAUGGAGUCAGCCCGAUACCAAAUUCAUGUGGCCAGUUUCCUGAAUGAGAAGAAGUGUAAAAUGAUCACACGUGAUUUCACCGAGGGUGGGCUGCAACAGCAAGUGAAUGUCACUAUCAAAAUGGAGAAAAACAUAAAAGCUUGCUGCAACUACAAAAUACAGAUUCAGCCAUUUUUUGCGAACUGUGGCACAGACUGUCUGAGACACUCUGCUUUCAUCCCAUGUUCACCAGCUCCAAGUACAGACCCAUCAGGCGAUACGAUUAUAUGGCUCUACUGGUGUAUCACUGGGAUCUGUGUGUUACUGGUGGGAUCAGUCAUAGCAGGUGUAAUGUGUAUGACCAAAAAACGAGCAGGACACUGGCGAGGGAAAUGCAACCACAAUAAUUUGCAGACUGCAGCACCAUAUGCUGACCUUCCUCUGCCACCAUUGAAGCCCCGAAAAGUUUGGAUUGUGUACUCUGCUGAUCACCUGCUGUACGUGGAUGUGGUGCUGAAGUUUGCUGAGUUUCUGAUGACGGUCUGUGGCACUGCUGUAGCCUUAGAUCUGCUAGAAGAUCAUCAGAUCUCAGAGUUAGGGCCAUUACCCUGGCUUACUCGGCAGAAGAAGGAAAUGGAAGACCUGUCUUCAAAGAUCAUCAUCUUAUGUUCACGGGGCACCCAGGCCAAAUGGCAGGCCAUGCUUGGGAGUGAGCCUGUGUGUCUCAAGCAAGAUCGGCAAAAACCAAUGGGGGACCUGUUCACCCCAGCCUUGAAUCUGAUCCUCCCAGACUUCAAGAAGCCAGCAUGUUUUGGAAUGUAUAUAGUCUGCUAUUUUGAGGGGAUAAGUAGUGAGAAAGAUAUACCUGAUCUAUUCAACGUCACAUCCAGGUACCAACUGAUGAACAAGUUUGAGGAUAUUUAUUUUCGGAUUCAGGAUCUGGAGAAGUUUGAACCUGGCCGCAUCCAUCGAAUCCAGGAAAUCACAGCCGAAAACUACAUCGACACCCCUAGUGGGAGGAAGUUGAAAGAGGCAGUACAGAAGUUCAAGAACUGGCAGACUGAGCACCCAGACUGGUUUGAGAGUGAAACCAUCUGCUUGGAUAAUGAGGAAGAGUCGCUGUCCCUAAACAGAGAGAGCCAGGUGGAUUCCUUGCUAAGUGAACCAGGUGGAAUUGUGAAACACCAGCUGCAGCUACGUGAGCCUGACCCUAACUGCUCUUAUGUCAUCGACCUCCACAUGCAUGAAGGUGAAAGCAGAGGCUGUAAAGUGCAACCUCAGCUUAAUCCAUGUGGGGAUAUGACUUCUCAGACUGUGGUCCUUCCUAUGGAUGAGGCUCCUCUAGUUCAGGUAGUAGAGCCAGUCUCUUCCAUGGAAGAUAGAAAUAUACUUGGCCAGCAUGUGCUGAGUAAUGAGGACUGUAUGGAAGGACUUCCUCUUCUGGAGACAAGUGUUCCAAUGAAGAAUAAUAUCAUCCUCCAUGAUGACUCUGAAGUUUCAGCAAUAGAUGACCAGAGUCCUGCAAACCUCUCAGGUAACCUGAGACACCAUCUGAAUGGACUUAUGUACUCUCUUUGUCAGCAGAGUGUCAUUCCUUCAGAGCCAUUUCUCUGCCAAGAGGAUGCUUACAAGCAACACCAGUUGGUCUUUGAUGACCAAUGCAAAGACCAAAGACAGUCAGUGCAAUCAGACCAGGGCUACAUCUCUAGAUGUUCUCCUUUGCCUCCUGAUGACCUUAUGGAGGAGGAGGAAGAAGAAGAGGAGGAGAAUCAGGAAAACCAGGUGGUCUUCCAUGAACUCUCUGCAGAGGUCUUGAACAGUCUAAAGAGCCUCCAGCAGCAGCUGUUUUUCCAGGACAUUCAACGGAGCUCUGACUGGGAGUGUCCUGCUGAGGUGAUGGACACUGGCCAAUCUUUGGAGGACUGUUAG